GACUUGCAUCUGACCUCUAGCCUCUGGGUCAGUUUCCCAGUAGCUUAGAUAUGCUGUCCCCUCUUAUGCAGCGCGUUGGGACAACUCUGCUAGGCGACGGAGCCUCCGGUUUUCAGAGAUCAUUACGCUGCAAUACGACGACCGCGCUGAGGACAACAUCUGUCAGGACAUUUACGACUCCAUCUGCGCCCUGGCUCCAGUCCCAAAGGCCCCCGCAGUCCCCAUCUCGGGCUAAUUCUCCUCGGACUGCCGGUUAUUUGGCUGGUCAAGCGGCAGUAUGGUCAACCAUCAUCAGCUCUGGCCGCUCUGGCAAAAUCAGGCCAUCCAAUCCUGCGCCUUCGAAAGCGACCCCGGAAGAGAUAUGGAAGAUCAGGCAUGAAUCCUUCAUGGCAACGCAGCCUCGCAUUGGCGAUGCCUACUCGGGUAGGAGUAUACCAGUUAUCAAGGGCGACGUCAACACCGCCUAUUCCAAGCUCAAUACUCGCCUCAAACAAAACCGAGUAAGAUAUGAAUUGAGGAUGCAGGAGCGACACGAGAAGAAGGGUGACAAACGGAGGAGAUUAAGGAGUGAGAGAUGGAGAAGACGAUUUGCCCAUGAGGUUAGAAAGAAGGUACAGCUCGUGGAGGCCAUUCGCCGGAGAGGAGCUUAGUGACUUGCUUGAUGUAUGAACGAGUCAUGCAAACGAGAGGGUCUUUCAUUCAGGUGCUGUGGCUAUACUGUGUGGGGUUACCGUAAGGGUUUAUGGAUUGCCACUCUCUCAUGCCGGACUUCGCUCUACGUUUAUGUCGUCAUCGUGGCUGUCGAGGCCUGAGAGAGCAGUGGAGAGUUUGAAGAUGCAUCCACCCGGGUGAUUUCUAGCAAAUCAGGGGC